UACACAGCUACUUAGUUCUAAUUUAGUGCUAGUCGAAAUACCAUCUCUUCCCUCUUCUCUCUCCGGGACUCGAGCUCUUGGUAGGAAGGAAAAAUCGAAUAUCGCAAUAACCGUUUGUACAAGGCAGUUUUUCGUGGCCCGCGCACCUUAAGAUCCGUUCCUUUGAGCAAGGAUAAUGCAUUUAACGAAAGAAAAUUGCCAAUGCAAUUAAUUGCGAAUUUUUCUGCAGUGAUUUUUUUUUGCAUUCGUUCACUGAUUUAUCUGCGAAGUGUUUGAAUUUGCGAAGACGAGUGCAUUUUACGGCUACAUCGACGUGCUGGAUUGUGAUUAUACUAAACCGUGCUGAUUGCGCAAGACCAGAAUGUUGGCUGAAAUUAUUACGGUCAUAUCCGGUAGCUAGUAGUGAGGCUGACAAGUGGAAGUGCAAAUAAAUUGCGAAUCGUUCCAAUCGUGCCAGUUUCCAUUGAAGAAAAGUACCCUUCUGGUAGGGAGCAUGUUUACCUACAACAGUGUAUAAUAAUAAGUGCACCACCUAGUGCUUCAACGCUCGAAAGCGCUUCCAGUGAAACCAAUUCUAAUAAGUUAAUCACACUUGGAGUGUUUGUUUGGAGAAGAAUCCCCGCAACAGAUUAGCUAAAAUCUGCUAACAAAAUGUCUAGCCUAGUGAAUCCCAGCAGUUGCAGCUUCCGGUGUCGAACGAGGAACAGUUGCUACACCAUUCGGAAAAAGUGCUUCACCACAUUGCUGGUCUUCCUGCUGUACAUGGUGACGCAGGUUCAAUCUUGUGGUCCCGGAAGGGGCAUCGGAGGACCGCGAAGAACGCGCAAACUCACGCCGCUAGUGUUCAAACAGCAUUGGCCAAAUGUUAGUGAAAAUUCACUUGGGGCUUCCGGGCUGCAAGAGGGACCGAUCUCGCGCAACGACAGCAAGUUUCGGGAUCUGGAAACCAACUACAAUAAGGAUAUCAUAUUUAAGGACGAGGAGGGCACGGGAGCAGACCGUGUCAUGACGCAGCGGUGCAAGGAGAAGCUAAACAUUCUGGCCGUUUCGGUGAUGAACCAGUGGCCGGGUCUGCGGCUUAUGGUGACGGAGGGAUGGGACGAAGACCACAUGCAUGCCCGAGAAUCUCUACACUACGAAGGCCGUGCCGUGGAUAUUAUGACAUCGGACAAGGAUCGAUCCAAAAUCGGUAUGCUGGCUCGGUUGGCCGUCGAAGCUGGAUUCGAUUGGGUUUACUACGAGAGUCGUAACCACAUACACUGUUCUGUCAAAUCAGAUUCUUCGCAAAGUAAUCAUGCCAGUGGAUGUUUCACCGGUGACAGCACAGUACAGACCGAGAGUGGCGAUCGACGGAGGCUCAGCGAGCUCAAGGUUGGCGAAAAAGUGCUCAGCGUAGACAGUUCCGGUAAUACCGUCUUUAGCGAAGUGAUCAUGUUUAUGGAUCGAGAAACUCGCCAGAGUCGAGAGUUUGUACACAUCGAAACCGAUGGUGGCGCCCAGUUAACGGUGACACCGGCCCACCUUGUCAUGGUGUGGCAAAUGCACCUGAGCGAAACUCGAUAUCUCUUCGCCGACCGCAUACAGGAAGGCGAUUAUGUGCUGGUCAACAUCAACAACAACCUAGAGCCUAGGAAGGUACUCCGGAUAUCCGCCAAACUAUCACAGGGAGUAUACGCACCCCUCACUCAGGAGGGUACCGUCGUGGUGGAUUCAAUAGCGGCUUCUUGCUAUGCCCUCAUCGACAGCCAAACUGUGGCUCAUCUCAGCUUUGUACCGUACCGAUUGGUGCAAAAGCUGUUCAACCUCUUCAAGUUCAGUAAUGAUAACAAUAGCUUGAGUUUGCCUCGACACGAAGGCAUUCAUUGGUACGCCAAAUCGCUGUUCGCCAUCAAAGACUACAUCCUGCCGUCGAAUUGGUUGUACCAUUAGAGCAAAAGCAAACGACAAAAGUCAUCAAAACAACAAUCUCCAAUCAGGAGAACCAAACUGGUCAUCCUAUCUAUCCUAAAUGUACAUUUUGUAAAUUUUCCACUAAUGUAAAGAAGAAAAUACCAUCUGGGGCAUCUAUGUUUUCCCAUUGAUGAAUAAUCGAAACAAACGCAAGAAAGAGUAAAUGAAACGGCGUGCAUGACAGAGUGAACGAGAACUACUUAAAUUAUACGCGAAUGCAUGAGACAAAAAGAUGCACGAGUGCGUGUACCCCGCUCUCAGUUUUAAAGAGUGAGGAAGGUAAACAUAUUCAACUUGCCUAGCAACCUUCGGAAUAGUUGUAAACGCUCCUUGAUAUUUAGCAACAAAUGCCUUAACAAAAGGCCACAACUUUCAGCAUUUCACUUAAUUUGUAAACUCUAGCUUUCAUAAGUAGGACCAUUUUAAAAUAAUUUAUUGUAGGUAUGAGAAUCAAAACAAUUCCCUCGAUUAAUUGUAAAUGCAAAUCCAAAAAUUGUUAAUACUAUUGCAAAUCCAGAACUUUGGCCAGUGAAAAAUCACCAAUAUCAAGCAAAAAAUCAAAUCCAUUUCCAUUGUAAAGAAUUGCGGUUGACGAAUGCGUAUAGUAUUUAAUAAGUAGCGUUACGUAACUACAAAAAAAAGUGAUAUCUAAUUUUAAAGUUUUAUAAUCUAUAACGAAAAAUAAUUUAUAACAGAUUCGGUCUGCUAUCGACCUGAAUACUAUAACAUUUUAUAGCAAAAUCGAUAACGAAAGCUCACAGCUUACGGAAAGCUUGAUAUAUUUCAGUAGGGGAAAUAUUUCAAAGUGUCAACGUGCAUGAAUGAAAAGCUCGACAUUUCAACGAACAGCAUGAAUCAUCAGCCAGCUCUCCAACCAAUUUCUGAGAUGCAAAGUAAAACUAUCCGUAUUUUUCUAUUUUAAGACUAAGAUUUGACAAAACUUUAUCCUACUGGUUAGUUUUGCAAGUUGACGGCACUGUUCUUGCACUGAAAUGAGAGAGGAAGAGAGAGUUAGCUGAUCACGAACAAUAAAACGCGCAACAUUCCAUUGAUCGUACAAUAAAUAUUUUCUUUAUAGUUUCGCGAGCAAAAUCAAAUAUGAAGAUGAAGGAACUGGCCCAAUAGUAUGUUGAAUACAAAACGGUGUUGUAUAUAUAGAUUAGUAUUUGAACACCUUUGGAUUCGAAUGGAUUAGUUUUAUUAAUAAAAAAU